AUGGAAGAGCUAAGACUCAUGUACAAGACUCAGGCAGUAACUUUAAAAGCCUUGGAGACACAAGUCGGUCAGUUGGCUAACGCUUUAUUAAGCAGACCACAGGGGAAUCUCCCUAGUGAUACAGAGGUACCAGGUAAGAGGGACCCUAAAGAGCAAGUCCAAUCCAUUACGCUGAGAUCGGGAAAAACUACAACAGGGUCUACCUCAACAUCAGUACAAGAUCAAGGUGAUGAACCGCAAGAAAUUCUAACAGAACUUCCUUCGAACACAAUUGGCAUCAACACUACUGUUGAAAAGGAUAAGGCUAGUCCUGCAGCUGCUCCGAUGUCAAAACCAGUAUAUCCACCACCUCCAUUUCCUAGGAGGUUAAAAAAACAGCAGCUGGAUAAACAAUUUGGUAAAUUCCUAGAAGUAUUUAAAAAGCUUCACAUCAACAUUCCGUUUGCUGAAGCACUCGAGCAAAUGCCUAGCUACGCCAAAUUCAUGAAGGGUAUUCUUUCGAAAAAGCUAAAGCUCGAAGAGUUAGAGACAGUGGCUUUAACAGAGGAAUGUAGUGCUGUGCUUCAACAGAAAUUACCACCUAAGCUGAAAGACCCGGGAAGCUUUACUAUCCCUUGCACUAUUGGGAAGUUCUCUUUUGAUAAGUGUCUGUGCGAUUUGGGAGCUAGCAUCAACCUGAUGCCUCUAUCGAUCUUCACACAACUUGGCCUGCCAGAGCUCAAGCCGACAAACAUGUCUUUGCAGCUAGCUGAUCGUUCGAUCACAUAUCCGAGGGGUAUAAUUGAAGAUGUGCUGGUCAAGGUUGAUAAAUUAAUAUUCCCAGCCGACUUUGUGAUUCUUGAUUUUGAAGAAGACAAAAGAAUUCCUAUCAUCUUGGGCAGACCCUUUUUAGCCACCGGACAAACCUUGAUCGAUGUACAAAAAGGGGAACUUACAAUGAAAAUACAAGAUCAGACGGUCACGUUCAACGCUCUAGGUAGUGCUUUCCAGGCACAGGGGGUCACAGUUCAGUGGCCAGUAUUCGGAGCGGGGAUGCAGUAUCUGCCACCUGAUUCACCUCCUGCAGAGGAGGGGGAGGACUCAGACACCGAGUAG